UGGAAGGCGCCGGAAGUGGUCGUGCUGAGGAGGGGUGAGAGAGGGGUGGGCCAGGCAGUUCACUCGGCUGUAGCUGGGCGCCUCGGUAAGGCGUACAUUCACUUCUUUCCGAGAGCCUGGCCCAGUGUCUCUGCCUCAGCCAACAUGGAUUUCAGGGAAAUUCUCCUGAUAGCUUCCAAAGGACAGGGUGUCAACAAUGUGCCGAAAAGGUAUAGUUUGGCAGUGGGGCCUCCCAAAAAAGACCCGAAAGUUAAGGGUGUCCAAUCUGCAGCCGUUCAGGCUUUUCUCAGAAGAAAAGAAGAGGAGCUCAGGCAAAAAGCUUUAGAGGAGAAAAGGAGAAAAGAGGAACUAGUGAAAAAGCGAAUUGAGCUAAAACAUGACAAGAAAGCAAGAGCUAUGGCGAAAAGGACAAAGGAUAAUUUCCAUGGUUACAACGGGAUUCCCGUUGAGGAAAAGUCAAAGAAGAGGCAGGCAGUGGAAAGCCACACUAGUCAGGGAACAGAACAAGAGUAUGAGAUGGAAGAAGAGGAUGAAUUCUUAGAAUACAAUCAAGCAGAGUCAGAGCAGGAGUAUGAGGAAGAGCAAGAACCUCCCAAAGUUGAAAGCAAACCAAAGGUCCCCCUUAGAAGUGCCCCACCACUCAUGAACUUCACUGAUCUACUCAGGCUGGCUGAGAAAAAGCAGUACGAACCAGUGGAGAUCAAGGUAGUGAAGAAAACAGAAGAGCGGCCCAUGACUGCAGAAGAACUUAGGGAGCGAGAAUUCCUUGAACGAAAGCAGAGGAAAAAGAGACCUGAGACAGAUGCAAGACUACCUCCAACCAAAAAGGCACCCUCUCAGAAAGAAAGUGUGGGCACAAAACUUAGCAAACAUCCUUCCAGGGGUACUCCCCUUCCUCAUGCUGAGAAGAAAUCCAGACCCAGCACAGCCAAUGAGAAACACUUAGGUGUGUCUUCAUCCAAAUCCAUGCCAGGAGAGAGGACCAAAGCAGGAUCUGUCAAUUGCUCUCAACCCUUACUUCGUGAGGGCCAUGACAGACCUGUCUUCAAUGGGGUUGGAAAGCCCCACUCCAGGACCUAUUCACCAAGUGUCCCAAAGACUUCUGCUAAGGGGACUCAGAAAUCUGCUACUGAGCACAAAGCCAAAAAAUCUCCUCCCCAUCCUAGCCAUUCCAGGCCUGGGUCCAUGGUUACCCCACACAAUAAAGCUAAGAGUCCAGGUGUCAGGCAGCCGGGCAACAGCUCCAGCUCAGCUCCUGGACGGCCCAGCACAGGGACUGCUCGGCCUACAGUUAGUUCUGGCCCCGUGCCCAGGCGCCAGAACGGCAGCUCCAGCUUAGGACCUGAGCGAUCGGUCAGUGGGACCAAGAGGCCAGCCAGUGACUUCAGUCUCUCCGGACGGACACUCAGUGGUACAGGUGGCCCUGGGCACCCUGCAAGCAGCUCAAGUGGCCCUGGGCGACCCACCAGUGGCUCAGGUGGUUCUGGGAGAGCUCUGGGCAGCUCUGGUGGCCCCGGGCGGCCUGUGAGCAGUCCACAUGACCUUCGACGACAAGUGAGUGGCUCUGGCCCCUCUGGGCGGCCAGUCAGUGGCCCUGGGCGGCCAAUAAGUGGCCCUGGGCGGCCAGUCAGUGGCCCUGGGCGGCAAGUCAGUGGCCCUGGGCGGCCAGUCAGUGGUCCUGAGCGGCCAGUCAGUGGCCCUGAGCGGCCAGUCAGUGGCCCUGGGCGGCCAGUCAGUGGUCCUGAGCGGCCAGUCAGUGGCCCUGGGCAAUCAGUAAGUGGCUCAGUUCCAGCUGGACGAACUGUCAGUAGUUCAGGGCCCGGAAGACCAGUUAGUAGCUCCAGUCUCCCCCUAAAGCCCAAGUGUACUGUUGUCUCGGAAACAAUUUCUUCCAAGAAUAUAAUUAGCCGAUCCAGCAAUGGACAGAUGAAUGGAAUGAAGCCUUCCUUAUCUGGCUACAGAUCUGCCCAAGUUCCUCAAAGGCCUCCCUUCCCUAGUGGUUACAAAAGGCAGCGAGAAUAUGAAGAGGAGGAAGAUGAUGAUGAAUAUGACUCUGAAAUGGAAGAUUUUAUUGAAGAUGAAGGAGAACCUCAGGAAGAAAUAUCCAAGCACAUUCGAGAAAUCUUUGGCUAUGACCGAAAAAAAUACAAAGAUGAAAGCGAUUAUGCCUUACGUUACAUGGAGAGUAGCUGGAAAGAGCAGCAGAAGGAAGAAGCAAAGAGUUUGAGACUAGGUAUGCAGGAGGACUUAGAGGAAAUGAGACGUGAAGAAGAAGAAAUGAAGCGUCGAAAGGCCAAGAAGCUGAAGAAGCGUUAGCUGCUGCUUUUAUUUAUUUUUGUGAAAUUCUGGAGACACUCUGCUGCAAGGAGGUCCUGCCUUCAGAAUGAAGAAGCCCCUUUAUGAUUUUAGAUUUAUACUUGGGUACUCAAGGAGAAGGAAUGCAUACUAUCAUUUGCAGGCUGUCAUUGGAGCAUGAAGUAUUUUCAGAUACUUUCCAGGGUUAAAUCUGUAAUGCAGAUGAUAGAAUGCCCAGUUGAGUGCUCUUAGGAAGUAAACUGUUCACAGGUGCCAGCCUUGAUCCUGAUGAGCUAUGCACUCUGAUGUGGGGCCGCUCACCAGUCAGCCAAUCUUACAUUGUUCCUUUGCUACUUUGAAAAGGAAAAAAAAAGGAUUGCCUCGUGACUUCCUAAUUCUGCUGUUGUGUGAGUAGGGCACUGCCCGCUCCCAAUCAAACUUACUUUGUCUUUUAAUGAGGAACCUGGCCCUUCCAUGAAUGUUGCCAGCAAUAAAGUGACCUGUCCUAAUCUAUAUGUUUGGAUUGAGAACUUGAAAAUGUAGAGUAGGCUUUAUAAUUAUCGUAUGGAUGUCAUCUCUGUGACUUUGAAGUAAAAAUAGAAUAAAUUAUAUUGUAUUCUGCAUUAUUCGUGGAUUGGAUGCUGAGCAUUCUUAUUCACUAAUUUAGGUGAUAAGGCAAUUAACAAAAAAUUUUUUUCCAGUUAAAAUACAAGUUAUGCCAUUUAGUUUAAAAAUACUUGUUUCCAAGUUUUCCUUUCAGAUUUCCUGUUAUGUUGGCUUUAAAAUAGACAAGGUCACUGUGCUGAUUGAUUUUUAUCUAAAAAAUUCAUUUUUAUAUUGAAGAAAAAUGCUUAUUUUAUUCAAACAUUAGAUUUGGUAGAGUAAUAGUUUAAAAACUGAGGAAGUGACAUGUGAGACUCCCCUCUUCCCUCAUUCUAAAAAUAUUUUGGAAAAAGGUGCCCCUGUACCUCUUGAUAUUAAUGACCGUGUUUUAUCUUAAGUUCUUUAGCAAUUAAUGGCAAAAACCAAAAACUAAAUUCAUGUGUAUCAAGAGCACCACCUUCUCUUUUUGCCCAUAUUGCACUUUUAUUUCAAACUAUGCACUGUGAAGAGAUUUUUUUCCCAGGUAGAAAAGGAUGUUCCCUGUUACUAGUGCUUUACUGGGCUGUGGAACUUUCUUCAUUCUCACUUUUUUUCAAGUCAUAUUUGUAGACUUGAUAUCUGUUAAGCCUCAAAUCCAGGCAGUUCCAAUCAGGCUGACAUAGAUUCUGGCUGGAGAGAAGCCAAGUCUAAAGGAAAGUCAGCAAUAGAAAAUGAGAUAUGAUGAUGCUAGAGAACAUUUGUCCUUCUUGAUUCUAAAUGUGGAGGGUUGGGGGCAGUGGGACAUAAGCUUGGAAAACAGUUCCAAACGUUGCUUUCAUGUAUUCCUUUUUAUCCAUAAAGCUUUCUUUAUUCUUCAAGUUUGGUAGUAUAGAUUACUAUUGUUAGCCUCCUUUAAUGGGACAACCCUGUGACCCAGAGCCUUAAGACUCUGACUCAUUUUGAAUUGAGUUUCAAAUUUCAGAAGUGCAAGGAUUUAACUUUGAAGCUGAAUCCUAUGAAAGAGGUCUUCAUCACUAGGAAUAACACCUUUUCUAAUGAUCCACAUGGAACUGUUACACUGGCAGAAAAUCCUGUCAACUGCCUCUCACCCAUCUCAAAUACCUUCAGUGAAAUUGGUUUAAGGGUAGUGUGAUAUUCAUGUAAUGAAACAGGUUUGGAACAUUAUUUCCUUUGCUGUCACUUUUGUGCCCCCCCCCACCCAAAUGUUUUUUUCUUGGAUGUAUUUUUUCAAUAUUCAGACUCUUUGAAAAUCUAUUACAAUCAAGUGCUUAUCAUAGCCAAAAGAUUUCUCAUGGCUUAAAGUUUACUAGCACUUUACUCAUUGUGCAGUUAUUUGUACAUAAAGGCACCACUGUGCUAGGUAAAAGUUCCAGAACUUGAAGAGUCAGGUUGUGUCCUUAGGCGUUAUCACUUUUGAGUGCAUUUCUUCUACAGAUGUUAUUAUUCUUCAGCAUCAACAUUAUAAAAGGGCACUUCUGUAGCUCAAUUAAAAAGAAAGUCCUGAGAAAGUCUUUCAAAUUAGUCUUGGCCUUGUUUCCAAAUCUUGUCUUCCAUUUUGUUCUGCAGUUCCUAACCACUCUUACAAAAAGCCCACAAAUCUUUGAAGAAACUGGAAUAAGCUAUUAUUUUAUUAAGGUUUACAAAUUAAGUGCUUGGUUUUUAAUGUAUCCUCUACCACUUUGGUUUUCAGAUUUUAUUAAUUCAAUAUCUGAAGAUGUGCCUUUUAUUGGGUAAUGUUAAUUCACGAAUGUAGUAAUGUUAUUUCACGACUGUAAUGUUACAUGAUCAUGGGUGUGGCAUUCUCUAACAGAUGAUGUGAAAGGAAAGUAGUUUUCAUAAAACUCAUAUGGCUCUGAUUGCACAGUCCCACUUGCUUUUGAUAUUGCUCUGUCAAAGCAAGGGGCACUUUUAAGGCUACUUUCAGAACUUUGUAUUUUCUCUAAACUAUAAAUGCAGUUAUGUCCAUUUGGAGGCCAGGGUACCACAUGUCACAGACAGCCUUACAUGUGUGCCAUGAGAGGGUUCAAAGACUGUUAACAAAAAAGAAAGUCUAUGGGAACUCGAAAUUUCAUUUUUUAAAUGUUACCCCAAGAUUUUCUCCAAGAAAUCACUAUUUUGUAUUUUGUAACUUAAAAGCAGCUAUUAGUACAUUUCUGAGAUAUAGCAGGAGACCAAAACAUGUUUGGAAAGAGAAUAAAUAUAUGAAGAGAGACUGGUUGGUUUAUUUUCAAUGUGCUGAAUAUAUUAGACUACUAUUUAUUUUGUGAGUGGAUGUGAUAAAAUAAAUAUUCAGGUGUUUAGUGUAUGAUUAAGAGUGAUAUAUAGAUUUCUUUGGAGUUAUUAAAUCCAUCAUGUCUUUUACAUAAUGGACAAAUCAAGUUUUAAAAAAAAAUUUACAUAGCUUAGCUUGUUUUCUGGUGCUGUUGACCUGCAAGAGAAUCUACUUUUGCAUAUACAGGUGAAAGUUUUGCAAUUUAUGUAUAAAAGAAAUUGUAGGCAUUAAAAAUAUUUUAUUGAUA